UAAGAUCCCUUGAGCCCCUCUCUCUCUCUCUACACACUCCCAUAGAAAUAAAUAAUAUAUGAAGAACCCAAAAGUUUGUUAAACAGGCGGUUUCAUAUUAUUUUUCUUCAUCGAUUCUUGAUUUUUCAGAAGACAAUUCAAGAAGACGAUUUAGAAGACGGAGGAGUUCGCACCGGAGAUCUUAUACUAAUGGAUGGAAUGUACAAUUUCCAUUCGGCCGGUGAUUAUUCAGAUAAGUCGGUUCUGAUGAUGUCACCGGAGAGUCUCAUGUUUCCUUCUGAUUACCAAGCUUUACUAUGUUCCUCCGCCGGUGAAAAUCAUGUCUCUGAUGUUUUCGGAUCCGACGAGCUACUCUCAGCAGCCGCCUCCGCUUUAUCUUCGGAGGCGGCUUCUAUCGCUCCAGAGAUCCGAAGAAAUGAUGAUAACGUUUCUUUAAGUGUCAUCAAGACCAAAAUCGCUUGUCAUCCUUCGUAUCCUCGCUUACUUCAGGCCUACAUCGAUUGCCAAAAGGUCGGAGCACCACCGGAGAUAGCGUGUUUGCUGGAGGAGAUUCAACGGGAGAGUGAUGUGUAUAAGCAAGAAGUUGUUCCUUCGUAUUGCUUUGGAGCUGAUCCUGAGCUUGAUGAAUUUAUGGAAACGUACUGCGAUAUAUUGGUGAAAUACAAAUCGGAUCUAGCAAGACCGUUUGACGAGGCUACGUGUUUCUUGAACAAGAUUGAGAUGCAGCUACGGAACCUAUGUACUGGUGUCGAGUCUGCCAGAGGAGUUUCUGAGGAUGGUGCAAUAUCAUCUGACGAGGAACUGAGUGGAGGUGAUCAUGAGUUAGCAGAAGACGGUAAACAAAGAUGCGAAGACCGUGAUCUCAAGGAUAGGUUGCUACGCAAAUUUGGAAGCCGUAUAAGUUCUUUAAAGCUGGAGUUUUCAAAGAAGAAAAAGAAAGGAAAGCUACCUAGAGAAGCAAGACAAGCUCUUCUUGAUUGGUGGAAUCUCCAUUAUAAGUGGCCUUACCCUACUGAAGGUGAUAAGAUAGCUUUAGCUGAUGCAACGGGCUUAGACCAGAAACAAAUCAACAAUUGGUUUAUAAACCAAAGGAAACGUCAUUGGAAACCAUCCGAGAAUAUGCCUUUCGCUAUGAUGGAUGAUUCUAGUGGAUCAUUCUUUACCGAGGAAUGAAUUUAUUUACCGUAUUUAUUUAACGUUGAUAAAAAAAAAGAUGGGUGUAUUUGACAUGUAUAAUUCUGCCUUGCUUUGCCGACAAAGAAGAAAAAAAGAAAGAGAGAGUGAAGCAUGGGACGACACAUGAAUGAAUAUUACACUCACUCACAUGUAGGAGAAGGAACAAGUCAAAAUGCUUUGUAACUAUUAUUAUCGGUGAAUAAACAUAACUUCUUUGGUCUCUU